CGUCAUCCGUCAUAACAAACCGAAACUCUGGUCUGUCGCUGCAGUAGGGGUACCGUUGAAUGAGCGGCGCCUGACCCAUAGACCGAACCACAGACUGAGCUUUACCGCGGAUAUGGGUGACAACACGGAGCUACCGCCGGUGGAGCAGCACCAGCGGCCGCUCCGGAACCAGGACCUGAGCGCAGUGACCGACCUGGUACAAGAAAUCUUUUCCCAGUAUGGGUGGUAUCUGCUGGCCGCUACAGCACUGUUCUACCUGCUCAUUCAGUACAUUGUCAAAAAGAGCCAAUCAGUAAGAAGGACCCACAGCUCUGCCCCACCCACACAUCAGGAUGUGUUGCUCGUAGCCAAACGACAGGAGGCCCUGGAGGCAGCUCGAAUGAGGAUGCAGGAAGAGCUUGACGCCAAAGCAGCCAUCUUCAAAGAGAAGCAGAAACAGCAGGAGGAGGAGAAGAGGAGACAGAAGAUUGAGCUUUGGGACAAUAUGAAGGAGGGCAAGAGCUGCAAAGGAAACACCUCCCAGAGUACAGAGGACUCAUCGACUACAGUUAUUAAGAGGAAAACAGACAAAAAACCUCUUCGCAGCUCAGACUAUAACCCUCUGAGUGGAGAUGGGGGUGGGGCGUGUGCCUGGAGGCCUGGCCGGAGAGGACCCUCAGCGGGAGGAUGAAACUAAAGUGUGUCAGACCUCCAUAGGGGUGUUCUGACAACUGCACUGAGCUCUUCACACUGACAGGGGGUGCUGUGUACAAACUACUGGACUUUUUUUUUCUAGAUUAUUUUCUUAGGAUGACUCUUACAGCAGUCAAUCUUGCUUCGACACUCUUUAUUGCGCAUCAUUUAAUCUAGCGGUGGCACAGCAGCCUCUAAAUGAAGCCAGGCCUGUAAAUGGAACGCUCCGCUGGGCCUGGGUGAUGAUGUCAGUGUGGAUUAGCAUAGCACAUAUAUCCAUGUGACUGAAGUUCAGUUAAAGUUAUUUUAGAAGUGAUCCUUUUGUGUGGGUUGAAAACCAUGUAGUCCAUACACAUUCUGGUGUCAUUUGUCUAACAAUUCUUCCUGAGCUCUGGAAACUUGAAUCUGCUCGAUCUGGUUUUGUUAACAAUUACAGAUAAAUAAAUUAUAUCUAUUAGUAUCUUUAUGAACACAAUCUUUUUUGUAAUUGACAUUGUAUUAUUGAAUUUUAGAAUUUAGAACAACAGGUUUAGAGCAAUGAUCUUACAGGGUUAUAUUGUAAUUAAAUAAAUGUAUCUUGUAAAAUG